AUGAGCGUGUUUGGAGAGGGUACAGCCACGAGUACCCACGCCUUUGCUCGUCUACUCGUCUACGUCGCUGCACAGUACAAGCCACGACGGUCGUGGGAGCAGCGCACGUUUCCGAGGCGCGAGAAGGACAUCUUUGGCUUGCCAAAUGAGACGUUUCGCCAGAACUUCCGUGUCACCAAGGAUCAGUUCUGGGAGUUGCUUGAUAUCAUUUCUCCGCACCUCCCCAAACGCCCUGGGACUGACGUGCCCGAUCGCGUCGUCCUUGUCGGCCUGCUGUGGAUGUUUGCUCACGGCUGCUCUCUUCAGGCUGUGCAGUUCUCAAUUGGGAUCAGCAAGUCCAUGUGCAGUACGCACUUCCCCGCGUUCGCCAAGGCGAUCAUCGAUGGACUCGACAACAUCUCGUUUCCAACUGGGGAAGAGCUGAAGGAGGAACAGCGGCGAUGGGCUCAGGAUGACUUCCUCGAGGGCUGUGUCACGGCUGCCGAUGGCGUGCACAUCAGAUACACCCCAACGACGAAUGGCCACGAGGAGCGUUGGCGAAACAGAAAGGGCUUCAAGUCCCAGAACGUCCUUGUUUGCGCCUCGUUUGACAGACAGAUACAGCACGUCGUCGUUGGCUGUGAGGGCAGUUGCCACGACGCGAGUGUCGUGGCAACUGCUGACCUCACCUCCAAGCUGCCUGAAGGGAGCUUCGGACUAUUCGACGCUGCCAUGCGCCUGACCCAUAAACGGUGAGUGGCCGCUCGCGUGUGUGUGA